GGCGCUGGCGGUAUCGUGGAUGCGGAUUGUGUCUUCUUCAAGUUCAGGCGACGUCGAGGAGGUGAGGUCGAGGUUGAGUGUUGGAGUCUUCCGCUUUCGGCAGUAUCUUCGCCGUAAAAGUAAAUGGGAAAAAUAACGACGAAAAUCUUCACGGUCAGUCAGCAAACGAGGUCGACGACGGCGAGCAAUCCAACAGCCAACAGCUGCGCUAGGAAGAGAUCCCGUACUUUUUGCUCUUCUUCCUCUCCGUUCUUCUUUUUCUUCGUCUUCCCCCUGGUCCCUUGGCGGGUCUCUCUCUUGUCUUCUAUGUAUUCUUGCUUCGACUAGCUACGUCAUCGCGCUGCCCCAUACAAUUUCCCUCCCCCGUUACAAACAAAACCUGCCAUCUGCUGGGUUCAACGAACUAAUAAUAAUACCAACUAACCACUGGGACUAGCAGUAUGGAGUACUUCGAGUGUUUGGGACAGACGCCAAAGCUUCUCCUAGUCGCCUUUCCUCCCCUGCGCCGUUACAGACUCGGAUUCCGACAGAGAGGUUCGCCAGCUGAGGGACAGAUGGGCAAACAAACGGACAGCCUGAUGACUAGGAAGGAAAGGGGGAAAAAAGAGAGAGAGAGAGAGAGACGGCACCCCGGGACCCUGCCUAUAUGCUGAUUACUUUUUCCUCGUCACAGUACAUAUGUGGUAAAAGCCUUGCAUUGGCCAGGACAGGACAGGAACACGACGGAAAGCAAAAUAAAAACGAUGUGACAUAUAAUACGGGGGAGACACAGGGACGAGAGAGAAGGGGAGAGACAGAAUUUCCUAUCAGGCGCACUCUCCGCUGGGCCAGUCGUGGCAGCAGGCUCUCUCACACUUCCUCGUCCUACCAAUCCAAUUAUUUACUUUUGAGACGUUGUUCGAUAGUUGCUCGAACUUCAAACAGCCGUCCAAAAAUAAUCAGAAGAAAAAGGAAGCAGACAACUAACUACGGGGUACGGAGUACAUAGUUACGGAGUACGGAGAGAGUGUACGUUAAGUGGCUGCUCGACAUCGUCACUUGGGCAGUUAGACAUCUUUCCGGUAGUUGCUUCUUUUCUUUUCCACCCGCAAGUUGCACCGGCUGCACCAUAUACGUAACUGAGAGACUAUGAGACAGUGCAAUCCCUCGACUUGUACGACUCCUCUUGUUGAUUUAUCGACCAGACCAUCUCUCGAUUUACACGGAUAUUCUCAGAUGUCGAUUAGUUAUUUUGUCUGCCUCGGGCUUUCUUCAUACCCUUCAUUUAUUCGACCCACAGCAAGGGGGAGGAGAAGAGAAGGCGAAGGGGUAGGAUCCACCGCCGCCGUUAAGAG